AUGGAGCUCCUCAUCAGCUCUGUGCUCUUCUUGACCCUCUCUGGUUGCCUCUGGAAGUCAGAAGCCCAGAAAUAUCACGACGUGCUUACAGUGCCAAAUGGAGGACAAUGGGGCACUUGGGGUAACACAGUGUUUUGUCAUGAAGGAUAUGCUUUUGGCUUCUCACUGAAGGUAGAUCCAUACUCUCCUUUAAAGUUCUGGAAAGAUGACACAUCUCUGAAUGGUAUCCGUCUCCACUGCACUGAUGGCAAAGCAAUAGAGUCUACCAGUGGAUUGCUUGGAACAUGGAGUGAGAUUGAGAAAUGCAAAAGAGGCAACCUGGUGUCCUUUUCUAUGAGUGUGGAACCACCACAAGGGAUAUUUGAUGAUACAGCAGCCAAUAACAUUCAUUUCAUGUGUGAUGAUGGGUCUACACUGAAGAGCAAGUCUCCAUCCUGGGGGAAAUUUGGCCCCUGGAGCAACAACUGCACUACGGGCUUCAUAUGUGGCAUCCAAACAAAGGUGGAAAAUAACCAAAACAGUUCUGAUAUGACAGGACUUAAUGAUGUGCGGAUGUUCUGUUGUGACUGA